UGUCUAGAGGAGAAAAAGUGCCUACCAAAAAAAAACAAGGAAAAGUAAUGCUCCAACCUAAUUUUCUAGCAACUCAUUACAAAACACAUUAUGAGAGGAUAAGAGAUGAGAAAGUAAAGAGGAACAAUGAGGUAUUGGAAUCUCUUGGGGUUAUGAAAAUUGCAACAUCUAUGAUGGGAUCGGCUUGGCACCAGUGUGCAAAUGAUAAUAGGAAGCAUGGUAGGGCUGAUCAGGUGGAUGACCCUGACUAUAUACUAUCAAAUGAUGAGGAUGGUCAUGGCUAUAACAGUGAGUCUGAUGACUCUUUUGAGCAAGAGGACAUAGAGAUACCACCAGGUGGUCUACCAGCACAAUCGCAUACAGAGCCACAAUGUGGUGCAACUCUGAUCUCUGAGAGGGUCACCCGAUCAACACCUCAUCCCAACAUGGAAAGCCAGGCCUCACUGCCUCCCAUUGCUCAGCCACAAAAUGAGGUGCUACCUGAGAACAAUGACGAAAUCAAUAGACCUACCUGUGGACCUACGCGAGGCAUUCAAGCUCAGGGACUCAUUGACAAACAAGGAAAGCUUCCAGUUCCCAUUCCACAACUAUUCCGUGCGUCGGUAGGAAAGCAUGCUGCUCAAUUGGCCUCAAGGAUUGGUGUCGAGGUUCGCACACAUGUGAUAGACGUUGGCGUCCCUAAGUGGAAAGCAGUAGAUGAGAGUGUUAAAGCACCUAUACUUCAGCGCAUAAUGGAUAAGUUUGACUUGCAAGGAGAUCCAAUCGAUGUUGAAAAGGCAGUGGCAACACAAUGUGGAUAGAGGUUGAGCAAUCACAACUUCGUUUUGCACAAAAAGUACAAGAAACUUAAAGAAACGAAGGGGGAAGAGUAUGCCAGAAACAACCCACCAGCUGGUGUCAAUCCCGAGCAGUGGACGAGCUUAGUCACUAAGAAGUGGACUGUUCCAAAAUGGCUGGUAAUCUCGUUCACCAGAGAAAUAGUCAUGGUUCUUGUUACAGCAUCCUAAUCUUGGAUUUUAUUGAAAAACCACAUCCUAAACUUGAAACCCUUAUAGUUUUCUCUGGUGGUUUGUGGUCUUGUAGGAGCGAUCAGAAAAAAACACCUCAAACAGGUUUGAUUUUCUUCCCUUUUCUAAUGCUGCUUUUCCUACUGCCUUUUUGCCUUCAUUUCUGCCCUUGUGCCCAUGGCAUUUACCAAGUAACAUCACCAACAACAUUAUGGCUGUUUAUGGAUUACAACUGUAGGAUUAGGCCUUCAUCAUGGCUUUCAUCCAUGUAUGCUCACAACUAUAGGAUUAUCAGCUUUUUGGUCUCUAAUAUUGACUGCCAAGCUAUUAUAUUGUGAACUGUUGCUGCUUCUUUUGAAGAAAAACCUGCCAUUUGGUCUCAUGGACUGUUAUUGCUGUCAAAUUCGUAGAUUAAUCAGUCUUUAGACAUUCAAUAUGGCUUUGCUACUCUGCUGAUCUACUUGGGGGAAUUUCAGUCAUGUUUCCUCUCUAAUUCAACUCCAAACUGAGGAUAGGUUUAUUGAUUCAAGUCCAAACAAAGUACUUAUAAAAAAAACAUAAUGCUAGGGAUUUGAAUUGCAUUCAUAAUGCUAGGAAACACUUCAGUCAUUCAUAUAGAACAACAUUACAGAUGGCUA